AUGGACGGGGAUGUCAAAAAAGACUUGAAGGAGAAACUUAGGAUCCACAGUACUAAAACCACAGAGAUUUGCAAGCCUCUCAGACCUCAAGCUUCCUUGAAUGACCUGGUUGCAAGGGAGUGUUCAGAAUGCCAGAUGUGCCAGCAGUAUAAGAAUGGCUGUUCAGUUAACUGUUGUGCCAUAUUUGUGCAACAUGCUGCCCUUGCUCAUGGGCCGUGGGUGGCACUAGGGAGGCAUCGCCCCUGUUUUUCUCGUAGGCUGACCAAUCCAGAAGACAUCAAACAAGAAGCUCAGAGAAGGCUGCAGUUCAGAAGGCAGAACAGCUCACCCAACCUAGCUCUUCUUUGUCCCACUGAAGGACAGGAGAUGGUCAAAUCCCAAACCACUGGAUCCCUAAAAGAUUGUGAGGGGGGAGAAGACACCAGAAGGGCACUGGAACUGAGCCGAAAAGGGGACUGCAAAGAGCGGCUGUACAUACCCACUUUUGAGGAGUUCAAGAGGAUGAGAAUCAAGGAAACGUGUUUGCAAGAUGGUAGUGAUGAAGCGGCAAAAGAGUUGGAGGAAGGGACCCAAAAAUUAGAAGAGAGAAACCAGAACCUUUGUGUAGAUACUCAGCAGGACCUUGCCAAAAAAAUGGUUUCGACUGUCGAUGAGUACGAUGACGUGUUCCAUGAAAAUACUCAAAAUGCUUCUGACUUGGGUAGCUAUCAAGAUUCUUCAUCCACCUGGGACAGGAGCUUCUGCCUGAUGGAUAUGCCAGUGGCAAGAGAUUGCCACAGUGAGAUGCCAAGUUCUGAUAGGAUCCCAGGCCCCAUUUGUUCUAGCCCAAUCCCAAGGUCACCUUUACAGUCUGCUGCUGGUCCUACAGAGGGAGGGAAGAACUUUACUGAAGGGGACAAGCAGGAAUUAGAUAUAAGACAACUGAGCGAAGUACUUCACCAUGCCGGACAGUCCUUUGCGUCUGAAACUCGGUCUUCUUGCUGCCCACUGCUGUUAGAAGCAACAGAUAUAUCCAGCUACGGAGCUAAGCUACAGAAAAUGAAGGAUGAAUUUAUAGGCUCCGCCCUGGACCUCAUUAAGAAGAGUUGCAGUGCAGAAACCGCCACAGAGUCCCCAUCCAAAGGACCAGGUGGAUUUGAGAAAGCUGAUCUCACUUUUCUAGAGGACCAUCGUCAACCCACAAACUCCAUCCCCAGCUGCCGCAGAUCCAGUUCCGACAUUUCCCACGAAACGCCGGACUUCGCGAAAACUCAGCGGGAGUGUCGAUUGCGGCCUCAUUUCAGUGAUCCGAUGCCAACAGAUGCCGUGAAGAGGAAACAACUGGAGCUGAAGAUCGCUGCCGCUGCACGGCAGCAUGCCCAGAAGCACCGGCAAGAGAGAGCGCAUAGCCCAGCAAUGACAAAAGCCAGUGUCAACCAUGGAAGCGGCUUAGACGAGAACCAGCGUGGUCUGGGCGGCACCCUUCGUUCCAAGCACCGCUGGAGCAACAUCAGCAGUCUCAGUGCCGACAGCGGCAUUGUGGGUGGGAAUGACGAGAGGGACAGUGCCGAUGCCGGCAAUGGCGGGGCGCCACGGAUGAGAUCAGCCGAGAUGGAGCGGGCAGACAGUGGCAUCAGCCAAGUGCUGACACGGAAGUGGAGGAGAAGCCAAGCGUCCGAAAUGCUGACUUCCCUACAAGCAUGGGAAGCCCACCAGCCAUGCACUGACUGCGGGGGAAGAGAUUUCCCAAGGCAGGCCAAUCUCUGCGAGAAGUGCCUGAGAUGCCGGAUGGAGCGGAAGGAGUCAGUGCUGGAGUUUGUAAACACUGAAGCCAGUUACGGGGAGGACCUGCGCAUUAUCAAAGAGGAGUUCUACCUCCCCAUGCAAGCAGCUGGCCUCUUAACACAGGACCAGCUGCUGGUGGUUUUUAGCAACAUACAGGAGUUGAUUGACCUCAACGAAAACUUUCUGGAGUACCUGCAGGAAGAAAUCGACCAAGCCUUUGAGCAGGGUGAUGACGACCUAAUGACCGUGUGCAUUGGAGAAAUAUUCCUGGAGUUUGUCAACAUGCUGCCGGCUUUCCAGACCUAUUGUCUCCAGCAGUCCUCUUCAGUGAACAUGCUCAAUGCAUUGGAGAAAGAGAAGGAGCUACUCAGGAUAUUCCUCAAUGUUUCUCAGAAUGACAACACAGCGCUUCGCCGCAUGAAUCUGAGGUCCUUCCUCAUGGCUCCCUUACAGAGAGUCACGAAAUACCCACUUCUGUUGAGCCGCGUCAUCAAAUCCACCACUGAGUACCACCCAGAUCACAGCAGCCUAAGGGAAGCCAAGAGCCGCAUUGAGUCCCACCUGGAGCACAUUAACAUGAAAACGAAGCAGGAAGGAAACUCGUGGACACUGCGCUCAUUCCGCCAGGACAGUAAGAAGAACAGGGAAGUCAUCAACAUUGAAAUGCGGGAAACCGCCAUCAAGACUGUGGGCUGGUUACGGGAAGAAACCCGCUUUGUUAUGGAAGGACCCUUGCAGCUUGCCCAGCCGCCCGAUGGACAGUGGGUGAAAAAGGGCAGCAAGACCUUAAAAUUCCAGAACAUGCAAGUACUCCUCAUGGUCAACAUCAGACGUGCAUCUGAGUCCAGCUUUGAGCCUGGGGAGCCAGGGUCUGUAAAAGAUGCAGUCCUUGUAGUUAUUAGGGACAAAAACAAUGGGAAGUUUAGUUUACUUAGGGAACCCUUGAAACUCAGCAAUUGUGUGGUCUCUGUGGAUCCUGACUGCGACGAUACAUUUGAACUUAUUGAGAUCCGGCGGGAAUCCUUUGUGUUCCGAGAUGGGGACAAAGCCCGGACUCACCACUGGUUUCGACAGAUACGGAGGUACUCGCGGGAGCUGGGGUCCUGGAAGAAGCGCCGUAACGCCCUACCCAACAUCAUGAUAAGCGCAUCCCACAAUAGAUCUUGAG